GAUUCUAUGGGUUCUGGUCCUACAACUGUAAUUUGAGAGGAUCUCAUCCUGUGCUACAAUGGGGUUACGGAAGGCACUACAAUGACUAUACAGACGUUGCUUGCACGGGUUGUACAUGUAACGAUUACCUACGAAACAUCAACUGCUCAUUACCCACACUUACUGGAGACACAAUUUUCAUAAAGAGGAAGACCUACAUGGAUGCAACGAUUGGAGCUGGUUAUUUUCGGGAUGAAGUCAAGUUCGUUACACUGCUGGGUGUACCGCUGAAAAACUUUACUUCCAGUCCUUUCUCUAAUCUAACCGACCUAGAAAGACUAACAAUUCACAAUUCUGACCUCGAAGUUUUUCCUGAUGUUAGCAGCAACACAGUGUUGGAGCGAUUAGAUCUCAGCAGAAACAAAAUUUCGUUCGACUUCGACACAUAUGAAACCAUAAAGCUUCCCUAUUCCCUCACUCACGUAAAUCUGGUGGAAAACGACAUAUCUUGGAUACCACGUGAUCUGUUUAGCGGAACCAACAUUAGUUUUCUGUGAGUAAAAUAUGGUUUGUUGCAUUUACUUUGCACGACUGUU